AUGACCGAAAUGAGCGAGAAGGAGAACGAACCUGAUGACGCGGCCACCCACACACCCCCGGGGACCGUCUCUGUCCUCCAAGAAACCAAGCUGCAGCGGUUCAAGCGCUCGCUGUCUCUCAAGACCAUCCUCCGAAGUAAGAGUGUGGAGAACUUCUUCCUUCGCUCGGGCUCUGAGCUCAAGUGUCCCACGGAGGUGCUGCUGACGCCCCCGACCCCGCUGCCCACUCCCUCCCCACCACUGGCAUCCACAGAUAGGGGCCUGCCCACCCCGGCACCCUCCCCCUGCCCAGCCCCACGCCCCCUGGCACCACUCAAACCAGUGAGGCUGCACAGCUUCCAGGAACAUGUCUUCAAGCGAGCCAGCCCCUGUGAGCUGUGCCGCCAGCUUAUUGUGGGAAACUCCAAGCAGGGCUUGCGGUGUAAGACAUGCAAAGUCAGCGUCCACCUCUGGUGCUCCGAGGAGAUCUCCCAUCAGCAGUGCCCGGUCAAGACGUCCUCUUCCUUCCGUCGCAACUUCAGCUCCCCGCUCCUGGUGCAUGAGCCGCCACCAGCCUGUGCCACAAGCAGAGAGUCCCCACCCACUGGAGCCAGCGGCAAGGUGGACCCCAUCUACGAGACGCUGCGCUAUGGCACCUCCUUGGCACUGAUGAAUCGCUCCAGCUUUAGCAGCACCUCUGAGUCCCCCACACGGAGCCUGAGUGAGCGGGACGAGCUGACUGAGGAUGGGGAAAGCAGCAUCCGCAGCUCCGAGGAGGGCCCUGCUGACAGUGUAUUCCCAGCCCCUGCAGAGGGCGACGGGUCAGGACCAGAGGAGAAGAGCCCUGGACAGCAGCCCCCCAGACCAUCCCUGCGGAAGGACCUGGGGCCCAUGUACUCCUAUGUUGCGCUCUACAAGUUUUUGCCCCAGGAGAACAACGACCUGGCUCUGCAGCCUGGCGACCGGAUCAUGCUGGUGGAUGACUCUAACGAGGACUGGUGGAAGGGCAAGAUUGGCGACCGAGUUGGCUUCUUUCCAGCCAAUUUUGUGCAGCGGGUGAGGCCAGGCGAGAAUGUUUGGCGCUGCUGCCAACCGUUCUCUGGGAAUAAGGAGCAGGGCCACAUGAGCCUCAAGGAGAACCAGAUCUGUGUGGGCGUGGGCAGGAGCAAGGAUGCUGACGGUUUCAUCCGCGUCAGCAGCGGCAAGAAGCGGGGCCUGGUGCCAGCCGACGCCCUGACCGAGAUCUGAGAGGA